GGGCCGUCGUGCGGCCAUUAAUGGAUGUUGUUUACCUCGGCAACAGAAUCUUAGCCUCGAUGACCUUAAAAUCUAUGGUUUUCCGCAACUUUGUUGAUCUUGUUACGAAUGCAUGUAUUCAAGAAAAAAUUUUAUGCAUCAAAUAAAGAGUAAAUAUCUUCAAUAAAAUGAGUAGCAAGAAGUUCUCUGGUGCACCUUUUGGCAUUCAAAAAGCUAGAUUUGAAGUGGCUGGAAUUCAUCCUAAGAGGAGACCACCUGGUACUUUAACUCAAGUUAGUUAUGAUAGAAAGUCCAUGUUACCUUUGAGCCGAAAACUUGGACCAGGGACAUACAACAUAGAUAAUGCCACCUUUAGUGCCAAAAAUGUUGCAAAAAGUGCAUCAGGACCAGGUUGGGAGCGAGCAUAUGAAACUAGUCAAGCUGCAAAAAUACCUCAUCUGUUGUACCGAGAAGAGUGGAAAAAGAAACAACUGCAAAAAUGCCUCCUUGGUCCAGGUACAUACAACAUUCCUGAUUCAUUUGACGAGUUGAGCAAGAAACCUGGCAGUAAAAGAGGUGUAUGUCAGACAAGGGCUCCAAGAUUUGACGAUUCUGGAAUGAGUGAUGUUCCUGGUCCUGGAACUUAUGGUAAAGGUGGCAUUCCUCAUGCACUACUCGAGGAGAAACAAUUAAAAUCAGCAAGUACCAUUGGUAUGCUUGAUGCUGGAGCAUCUGGUAAAAGACAGUUACCAGAAGUUGGUUCUGCUCUGUGUCCUGGACAGUAUAACUGUAAAAGCUUCACUGAUGAGUUGGCUGAGCGAGUUAUUAGUAAACGUGGUCCCUAUGAUUUGUUUACUGGUGAUCGAAAUAAGCCUAUCACCGUUGGUCAUUUCGCUGCACCUAACAAAGCACACUUAGGACCUGGUGAAUACGAGAUCAAAUCAUUUUUAGAUGGACAGAACAGUGAACACAAGAAAAGACAAGGAAAAUUCGGGAAGGUUGCUCGCUUUCCAGAUGUACCAUCAGAUCGAAUUCACUGCAAAACAUUGUCACAAUGGCCACGAAAAUCAGACGAACCUGGUCCUGGUAGUUACGAUCCAGUGGAUUUGUCGAAACCAGAACCAUUAUGCCGACCACCCUUUGGUUCGACCUCUGAACGGAACGAUAAAAAAGCUACGCAAUUUUUUCUUGGAAGUAACAAUCCAGUUGGUCCAGGUCGUUACAACAUAAGUCAGUGGCACCAAAAACAACACAAGAACGGUAAUGUUAGCGCUUUUAAUUCUAACACCAAACGAUGGGACGCCAAUCGAGAUAAAUAUUUAAUGGAAAGAAUACGCGCGAAAGAUGUGCCAGUUAAAGAUCGUGUAUUUUUGGUACCUUCAGAAGUUUAAAACAUUUUGGUAGUUAUUCUCAUGUGAAUAUUGUAAUUAUUAUCUGUAGAAACGUAUAUUUUUUUAAUUAUUACUAAAAUUAAUUCCUUUUU